AUGGAUUCUUUUAAUAAGUUUCUAUUUGAAACUUAUAAGGAAUUCAAUACAUAUAUUAAAGCUCUCAUCAUCAGCGAAAAGAAAAAACCUAAUAGUACUUUGGUCUUUUACAGUAAACCACAAGACUCAACGACUACUUCAAACAACGGUGAUGAACAACAACAAAUAACAAAUGAAACUUCAACUUCUUCUUCUUCUUCUACUACUACAUCUACUUCUAUAACAAUACCAAAACAAACACUGAAAAUAGACUUUUUAAGUAUUGGUAGAGAUUUGGUGGCAAGAUGUAAAGAUACUGAAUCAUACGAAGAAGAAGAGGUGAAUCAAUUUCUAGAGUUUAUUAUGUGUUUAUGUUUCUUUUCGGGGAACCCAUCGGUAUGGAGACCAUUGAUAGAAGAGAAUGUUAGACUCUUUUCAAAUCAAAAGACCGUAAACAAGAACUUUGGCAAUGGUAUCCCCUUUUCGUUUGCCAUUCCAUUUGGAGCUCAAGAUCUAUUAGAGUUGUUGGUAUCAAAAGGAAUGGAUUCUUCACUCACACAAGAUAAUAGUUAUAUCAUGACAACCGCACUAUACGGAAACCUUGAAGCAUUUGAUUUCUUUAUUAAAAGAGGUGCUUCUUUAAAUCAUAAAAAUAGUAAUGGUGAUACUGCAAUAUUAUUCGCAUCAAUGAAUGGAGAGAAUGAAUUGAUAGAGAAAUUGGUAAAACAUGGAGAGAGUUUAUUGGCAGUAAAUAAUCAUGGAUUCAAUGUGAUUGUAUGUGCUGCAUUUCACAAUCAAUUUGAAACGAUUCAAUUGUUGGGAGAGACUAUUGAAAAGACACAUGGUACAAAGAAACUUCAAGAAAUGUUGGAUCAUAAAAACAAGGAUGGUGAGACUGCUCUACAUAUUGCAUCGAGGUUGGGGUUCUAUAGUACCGUUCAACUUUUGACAAAGUUGGGUGCAACCAUUAAUCUUGGUAACAAAAUGAACCAAACACCAUUGGAACUGGCAACACGAACAAUGGGAUUGUUAAAACGUGACUCUAAUCUCAUCUCUUCCUACGAUCCACAACGUAAAAAAAUGGAAGAGUAUUGUAAAGAACUAGACACACUUGUAUAUAUUCAACCACUCCUAGCAAAGGAUUUUAAAGUCAAACUAUUCUCCAAACCCAACCUUGUAUCUACAGUAAGAGAAACUGCAAGAUCCUAUCAAAAGGUGAUCCAAAUUUUUGAAACUAUUACCAAACAAAAGGAAUUGGAAAAUGAAAAUAAUUUAAAAUCUCUUCUUCUUGGUAGCGUUAAUAAUAAUAAUAGUAAAAAUACAAAAAAGACAAGUAAAUCAAAACCAAAACCAAAACAACCAAUAACAUCAAAAUCAAAACCAUCUCCAUCUCCUCCUAUCAAUCCAUCUCCACCAAUUAAAAUUAAUCAACCCUCCAACAACAACAAAACCUCCCCACCUUCCUUAUCAUUGGAUGUAAAUAUAAAUAAUUCACCAAACCAAGAAAUGGAAAAAGCAAUUGAAAAGGAAAUGGAAAAAGAAAAUAAUACUAAAGAUAAUAAUAAUAUCAAGUUGGAUAAUGAAAAUAGUAUUUCUAUCAAUCAACCAAAAAUAAUGACUCCACAACAACAACAACAACAACAACAAGAACAAGAACAAAAAGAAGUAAAAGAAGAAGAAAUAGAUUAUAAAAAGAAAUAUGAAACGUUGGCAACUCUUUAUUUGGAACAAAACAAGAUUUUAAAGGAAACAUUGACAAGGUUGGAUGACAUUGAAAGAAACUUUAGUCGAUUUAACAAAUCGCUUUACAAAAAGAAUGAAAAGGCAGAAGCUUUGGGAUUAGGAAUUUCAGAGAUUUUAGGUCUUGGACUACGUUUUCUCUCAAUGGAGCAAUUGACAGUACUGUCAGACAUUCACAUGGAUUCAAUCAACAAAAUCCAACUUAUCCAACUAAUCAGUGGUAGCAUGCUCAGUCCUGGUAUGGAAUUCAACCAACUUCAAAUCCCCGAUGACUAUGAUCUAAGGGAUGAAGAAUCUUUUGAAGAAGAUGAUGAAUAA